UAGCGGUUUCUAGCGGUAGCUUGUUGAUGGUCGGUUGAACCGAAUGAAGAGAAGCCGAAACGACCUCAUUCAGGCAACAGACAGAGACUUAGACGCAACAAUCUGAACAGAAACACUGCAGUCUCCACCAUGUACCUUUCUGAACACCAGAAGAUCUGGAACAUUUGAAAAGAUACUAACAAAACCCACAUAGACUACUCAACGGGGGACUAAUAGAUCCAAGUGAAGGGGGUAGUGGAAAGACUCAUCCGUAGCUCUAACUCUGACAUGGCCAGUACUCAGACGAGUCUGAAAACCCCAUUCAAAGACCUGACCUCAUUCAAGGGCAACAUGAAGCAGCUGUACCGUGAGAGAAUAGAAGACGUGCCCAUUAAGAAGAGGCUGAUGGCUGAGAUUAACCUGAAACGCCGAAACCUGGACCCUCUGCCCCCCCUGCCCUGGAACCCCAAAGUAAAGAGGGAGGCUGGGGAAGAGCAGACCCAGGACCGGGAGGUGGAUCCAGGCAUGACUAGAUCAAUAGAGAUGGACAGUAGGGGAGAGUUCCAGGUAUGUGGAGCAAAAGCUUUAGACCUGAGCCCCGGGCUGAAACACACGCUGGCAGCCUUCACUCUCAGCAGCGCGCGCUCUCUGGGGGGCCCAGCAGCCUUCUCAGCCCGCUCUGGCCACGAAGCAUCCUCCUCCCCCGGCCCUGCUUCCUACCCUGGCAUGGCACCUCUACCCUCCCCUCCUGUGCUGGGAGGUAUACCCCUGCUGGUGCCCAGUGACAGCUCCACAGAACUUAGCCACUCCCUUCUCGAGGGAGAAUCCAUCUCGUGCUUUGCCGUCGGCGGGGAGAAGCGCCUCUGCCUCCCCCAGGUGCUCAACUCGGUUCUGCGCCACUUCUCCUUGCAGCAGAUCAAUUCCGUGUGCGACGAGCUCUAUGUGUACUGCUCACGCUGCGACGGGGAACAGCUCCACAUACUCAAGGUGCUGGGUAUUUUACCCUUCAAUGCUCCGUCCUGCGGCCUCAUCACCUUAACUGACGCCCAACGCCUCUGCAACGCCCUCCUCCGCCCGGGGGCUGUCCUCCCCUCCGAACCCAUCACCAAGCUACCCGGCCAGGAGCUCCUCAAGGAGACGGAGGCCAGCUUCCAGGUGGAGCACCAGUGUCUGGGGAAAUGCCAGGGUCUGUUCGUUCCCCAAUUCUACGCCAAGCCCGAGUCGCCCUGCAUUCAGUGCGUGGAAUGCCAGCUGCUCUUCUCUCCGCAGAAGUUUGUGAUGCACUCUCACAAGUCGCCGGACAAGAGGACCUGUCACUGGGGCUUUGACUCGGCCAAAUGGCCGUGCUACCUGCAGCUGGGGAGGAAGUACCUGGGAACGGCAGAGGAGCCGCAGCUCAAACAGCUGUUGGAGGACAUGAAGGACAAGUUCCACUACAACCGACCCAGCGACAAAAAGGUGGUAGAAGAGGACGGCGAGGUGAGAAGAUCGUCUCCUCCAGAACCUCUAGCGUCUCUUAACAGUAAACUAGCCGACAACGAUGCAGGGACCAAGGUUCAAGGCCAAGCCGAGGCUACUCUGGUGUUCCCCCACAUCAAGGAAGAGCCCAGUCACCCCAGUUACAACCUGUAUACAUAUGAUAAGAUGGUGGCUCCUAAUGUGUCUCUGAGGGAUCAGCCGGAGGUCAGCUCUGAGGUUCUGGGGGUGCUGCUCAAACACCACUACAGUAGGAGACUGGGCCACGGCCACCAAGACACUGCUAUGGAUCUCCAUGCCUCUCCCCCUGCUCCUCCCAUUGUCAAUGACGCCAAGUCUCAGCAGCGCGUUGUUUCUACUGCUGACCGGGACCGCCAGCAGCCAGUUUCCAUGGAGACCAUCCCCAGCAACAAGAGUUCUUCUGCUGUAGCGAUGACCACGUCGGUAGCGGCGCUGGGGAGUAAAGAUGUCCUGUCUUCUGUCUGUGAGGAUGACAAGGAAAGGAUCGUAGUGGAGAUCGUUCAGAUGUACAGCAGACAGCAGGAGAAGCUGCAUUCCACCCUGCACAACCAGCUGCAGCUAGAGAUGGAGUUGGAGGCGCUGCGUGGAGGCGAGGCUGUCAGGCUGCAGCAGCUGGCAGCAGAGCAGUGUGAGCUGCAGAGUGAGCUGGAGGCUGUGCACACUGAGCAUGCCCAUAGGCUGGGGCAGGUGAGGGAGGAGCAGAGGGAGUUGGAGCACAGACUGGAACAGCUGAGGCAGCAGAGCUGUGUGUGUGACAACACACACCAGGAGGAACGCUAUGCUAACCAGCUUGCAGAGCUGCGUGGGAGGUUGGAUGGUGCGGAGGCUGACCGGGAUAAGCUCCAGGAAGAGUUGAGGAGUGAGCGGGAUGCCCGGGAGAAGCUGGAGAGAAUCAUCUCUCAGCUCCAACAGCAGAUGGGCCAGACGGCCUCCACCUCGGCCUCCUUCGUCACUACAGGGAGCCCCUCUCCGCCCCCCCCCUCCUCUCACACCCCCCACACAGAGGGACACACCGCUGGCCCUGCCGAGCAGCAGAACAGCCAUGCGCAUAAGUAGAGGAACUUAAGAAAUGCCCCUUCUGUCUCUCUCACCUCCGUUCUUUUGCUGCGACUCCCUCCCUUCAUCCCUCACCCCCCUGCUGGGAGAGACAUCAGCCUUUCAGACACAGACAACCCCCUCCCUCACCAUGUCUACCCCCUUCACCCCCAGGCUGCUUCUCUCAUGUAGAUUAUGGCAGCCCCCCGCACCUCUCUGAUUCAGAGGGGUUGGGUUAAAUGCGGACACAUUUCAGUUGAAUGCAUUCAGUUUUACAACUGACUAGGUAUCUCUCUCCCUCCUCCUCUUUAGUUUUUUUGGAUAAGGAUUCCUGUUUGUUUAUUAAUUGAACACCACAUUAGUUUAAUGUUUUGGUUUACCCCCGCCCCCUGUCCGUAAACAGUAUUUGAACUUUUUGGGGAUAUAUAUGUUUGUUUUUUAAUUUAUAGUUUUACUGAAUGAACAAAUGACUGCUUUGCAGACCGAUAGGAGUAGGAUGCUUUUAAGGACACUCUCUUCGCAUCCUCUCCUCCUUCCCUCGCAUCCUCUCCUCCUUCCCUCGCAUCCUCUCCUCCUUCCCUCGGAUCCUCUCCUCCUUCCCUCGCAUCCUCUCCUCCUCCUUCCCUCCCUCCUUUAGAUUGUGGAUUUGAUGUGUUGUAGCCCACAUGAAGUGUGGGAGGUCAGACAGACAGUUCUAUCCUGGCCCUGCCCCUUGACUCUGUUCUGAACUGCAGUUCCACUAGCGUUGUCGCUCUUUCUACUACUACCUGACACGCCAACUGGAGCUGUGGAGCUAAGAUGGCGCCCGCUUGGGUGUUACCCAUCUCAUACAGACAGUCCAGUGCUCUGGCCCAGCUACUAGCCACACAGGACAUUUUAUGGAUGCACAUUUUCGUUUCACCUUUGUUUAAAAAAAUAAAUAAAAAAUCCUUAUACCCAUUACUUUCAAAUAAGCGAAAAGUGGUUUUGAGUUUGAGUGUUUGAUUUCCCUGUUAGCAACAGUUAGUGUGUCUUGCCACCCUCUCUCCUCUGUGAGACAGUCUCUGUCCCAAAUAGUAGACUAUUUCCCGUAUGGUGCACUACUUUUGACAAAAGUAAUGCCCUAUUCCCUAUAUAGUAGUGCACAAUAUAGGGAGUAGGUUGUUAUUUGGGAUGCACACUGAGAGCUGCAGGGGCAAGCUGUCUGCCUGGGGGAAUAUGGGUCACAGGUGAAAGGAAUUAGUCCAGACUGACACCUGAUCUGCCUGCCUAGGAUCCAGGGCCCUUCCUCUUUCCCCUCCACUUUAUUCCACCUCACUGAACAAACAGAGCCUUGCCUGGCCCAGGCAGGGAGGUACAGUCAGGUGAUGAGAGCGUGGCAGGGAAGAGAGGAAGGCGAGAGACCGUCAGGCGGAGAGAGCGGGAGUGCAGGGGGCAGAUCACCCUCUCAGGCUGGGUGGGCCGGGAGAGGGGAGCCCCUUUUGUCUCAUCAGAAUAUGGGCAGCUGCCAUACCUCCCACACACACACCAAAGCAAUGCCACAUCAGCCGGUGGUAGUGUGAUUUGUUGUGUAGAAGUCCAGGCAAACAGCACACCCAGCCCCAAUCAGCGAGCUCACACAGAACGGAUUUAGCCGCCACAGGCGGACCCUAAGAGAGCAAGGAAGUAUUUUUAUAGCCCCCCCCCCAGACCCUUAGAGCCAGGUUGCAUGUAAAUAGUUAUUUAAAAGAGGGCCUUGGUUUAAACUCUAAGCAUCUUUUUUAUGCAUCUGCUAUACAUGCAAAUUGGUAGACAUUCCACUGUGCUCGGACUUCUCAAUGCAGAUCUCUAAAGAAAGAGUUCCCUUUAGAACCGAGUUUACACCAUGCCCUGACACAGUACUUAUAAUAUAGUAGGACUUAUUUUCUUAUUAAGCAGCAACAUUUAAACAAAGCUUCAAAACCCGUUAUUUUCACGAGGACAAAAACCACCCCACAAAACUACAACGAAACACACGCCCUGGGUGUCUGAUGUGAAAUUCAGUUACAUGCAGAACAAAUCCAAUCCAUUCUGCUCUACCAACCGUUCCAUAAACUUUUGGAAAUUAUUUUGAGGGGGGAAAAAAUAUAUUUAAUGUAUCAACUAAAGAUUUAUAUUCACUUUGUACAUACAUUAGUAAUUUAAUAUAUUAACUAUACCAUGGGAUAAUAUUCUAAAGGUUAUUAUAAAAUUGACUGGACCAGGCAAGGCCGACGCUCUAAAAACAUCCGUUAUGUUUCUGUUGAGUCUUUGAAAAAUUUGAAAAAACACUCCGCAAUAUAACGUCAUCGUACGCAGCAGACAGACUUCUUGUUUACCGUUAUCAACAAUAGCAGAAUUCAAGACUGAUCGGCUGUUAACAAUUUUUUUUUUUUUUUACGGCAUGCCUACAUUGGGACUAACGGAUAGUGGCUGUUUCGGCAGAAUAGAAUUUGUUGUCGCUCCGCUGUGUACACUGAUAUUGUGGAGCGCACUUUUUUUUAAAGGGUGUAAAAUUGCUGUUGAAGUGCAUGGUGUUCGGAUACGACCGCAGGGCUGAAUAGGACAGGAAGUACGUCGUUACAGUACUUACCAGACCCGAUUACCUUGAUUUGUUUAUUUCGUGGAUGAUGAUUUCACCCUGAUAGACUUGACGUGUAAUCAUAAUGUAUAGGCUUUCGCUCUUAAUCCAUUUUUCGUACACUAAACCACAUCCCCAGACAAAUUUGAAUAUGCACCGAACAUGUUUAUAUUUUUAAAACUAAAUUUGAAAACAAAACAAAAAAACAAAGGUUUGCAUGUAACUAAGUAAAUCGAUUCCCUUAAUAUGGUUUGUUAGUUUAAUGAUAUCUGACUUAAUAUGUUUAUGGUAUAAAAACUAAUUGUUUGUGUACUAAGUGACACUAUUCUCUAGUGCCCAUAGGGCUCUGGUAAAAAAUAAAAAAUAAAAAUGGUGCACUAUAUACGGAAUAGCGUGUCAUUUGUGACAGACAGGUGGGGAGGGAGAAACCUAACACAACUUGUUGACCAACUACAAACUAUACAAAUGUAGCCUCUAGAUUCUGCAAAGUGGAGCGAGAGAGAGAAGUGUGUUUGGUUCUGAGCGCAUGUGUAUUUGCCAGUGACCGAAGCACAGUAGCGAUUAAAAAGGGGAGAGAUUUAUUAUCAUGUAGCGUUGUGGGUUGUGUCCUAAUUUUUUGUCAACAACACUUUGUCGUCUUGGGGGUAUAGGGUCCUUGGGACUGCAUUGAUGUUUUACAUCACAAGAUAAUCAGUAUUAGGUUUUGUUAUUAUCGCCAUAUUUACCUCCUAGAACUGUCUACAACAAUCGUUUUGGGGUAUCAAAUGUAUUUCUUGUACUUCUAUGUUUUCUGUUGGUGUAAAUGAAAUUUUAUACAGAAGAGGGCGCUCUAUAUUUACUUUCGUUUAAUGCCAUGCUGAUGAUGUGAUGGAUACAAUGGAUUAAAAUAAAUCAAGACAUACUAUGCUGUAACACGGUGUGCUGUGCCCUCUUGCAUUUGCAAUGUUAUGAGAACUAGAAGACUAUGGUCCCUGGUCAAAGGUUGUGCACUAUAAAGGGAAUAGGUUGCCAUUUGGGACUUAACCACAGUCAUGUGCUUUGUACAGUUUUAUUUUAUUUUUUUAUAGCUGUGUAUUUUGUCCAAUUCGACUUACUACUAGACCCUUGGCCUUGCUUCCGGAGCACAGUUAUACAGUAACUAGCAUUUCCAUAGUUACAUUUUUUAUUUUUUUGCAUCCCCAAUGGAUUGUUCCCAGAUUUAAAUGGAUAGCGCAGCGAUUUUGCUUUUUAAAAAAUGUGUGAAAUCACUGAACGAUCCCUUUAAUGAAGGUGACGUGGUGUCGAAGAGGUAGUACUCUGUAAACGAUAGCUACAAGUUGGAUUUGGGAUCCGCUGAAGAAGUGUUGGAUCAAAUGUUUCCAUUUAUGCUUUGUAGUUGGAUAUUUAUUUAGGAACACCGUUCUUAUUUAGCAGCGUGGGAGCUAGCUAGGAUGUUAAUCAACACAAAAAAAAUAUGUUUUGGUUUUCUCUGAGGUAUAAACACUACGUGUACGCCAUAGUUUCAGUUUAAACUUAGUAGGCUACACCUGACAAAUCGUAGUUUAAAAAUAAGAAAAUAUUUUUAUGGCUGUUUAAAAACGAACUUUUCUUUUUCUUAAAAUGCUAUAUUCUGAAAGAUGUAUGGCAGUGAGUGUCUGUAUGACUUUUGCAAACCAUGUUGCCAACAACAAUGCAGUGUGAUUGAGACGUUUGUUCUUUGCAUGAAACGAGACACGGUUCUCCUACCUCAUGUUGUGAUAUAAAAUGUUUUUUAAGCAGAGGACACUGCAUCUUUAACCGUUGGUCAUAAUUGAUAUUUACUAGUAUAUGAUGACAUACGUGUACAUGCUUUUAGCUAAUACCUCAGUUGUAUUUUAUAGUGUUCUGUUUUCUCUCCCUCCCCCUGAUCUCAGACCUUGUAAACAUAUCCUGUAUAGCCAAUGAUAUAAAUAUACCCUGUAUAGACAAUGAACUUGGAUCAAAUUCUAGUAAAGUUCUUGUGGUCAAAA